CAUUGAUAAGGCAUUUUAAUAAAUGAACAAAACAUCGUUGGACGUCUUCAGUUGUUUAACUCACAAUGACCAAGCAUCUGCUUAGUCUCAUCCUAGUUUCUGGUAUAGUUCUUCUGGGAUGUUGCCGUUGCAGAGUGAUUAGAAAGCGGCAGGUCUCAGAUACCUUGGAACUGGUGCAUGUAGUAUUCAGGCAUGGUGACAGAACUCCAGACCGAAGCGUCAUUUAUAAGAAUGACCCCUACAUUAACGAGACGUAUUAUCCUGUAGGACAUGGACAGUUGACGAAUGCCGGCAAAAGGAAAGAGUACCAGAUAGGCAAAGCUCUUCGUAAGCGCUAUGGGCAGUUUCUGGGCGAAUUCACUUUGGACAGUGUCGAUUCGAGAUGCACUGAUUACAACAGGACCAAAAUGUCCUUGCAAUUGGUGCUUGCGUCUCUUUUUCCACCCACAGGACAAAAUGUCUGGGAGAACAGUCUCAACUGGCAACCUGUACCCUUCAAUUAUUGGCCAGUAGAAGAAGACUACGUUUUAGGUGAUCCACACAAGAACUGCCCUGUUUUCCAAAAAUACUACCUCGAGUACCUGAAUUCCUCAGAUGCGAAGAUGCUUUACGAGAAUUUUACCGAUAUUCACAAGUUCCUGGAAGAAAAGACCGGACAACGACUUUACAGUAAAUCAUUUGCUGAACUAUAUUUUACACUAACGACAGAGCAUGAAAACGGCUUUCUGAUGCCAGACUGGGCUAAAUCAGUUUACCCGCACAUCAAACAUCUAGCUAUCAUGGACUACGUAUCGUCCACAUCCACAGACUUGUUGAAAAGGCUUUCAUCAGGAUUCCUAAUCAAAAAGGUGAUUGAAGAUUCCAAGGCCAAAGCAGACGGCAAAGAAUACAAGGGUACCAAAAUAUUUCUAUAUUCGGCGCACGAAUCAAACGUAGCAGCCAUAUUGAGAUUUUUGGGAUUGUUUCACCCUCACGUUCCACCGUAUGGCAGCUACCUAUCUAUGGAAAUUCACAACUUCGACGGAAAACGUAUCAUCAAGAUUUACUAUCAGGAUUACUCCGCAGACAAGCCGAAGAAGCUAAAAAUACCACACUGUGGUCGAAUAUGCACACUCAGGAAGUUUGAGUCUAUCUACGGACACCUCUUACCAACAUCAAACGGGGAAUGUUUCCAAGAAUGAAGUAUUACGUUGUAUUUGUGCGUCCCAAGAGUGUUUUAGCUUUUGUUGUUACAAAUGUAUUAUAUUUGACAAUAGAAAAUAAUUUUGUACUUAAAUAAAUAACAGUGUGGUAUGUA